AAGGAAAGUGCAAGCCCCUUGACACCACCCCCCAGGUAUUUUGGGGCCCCCACGCGGUGCCCAAGGGAACAAGGGUGUGCGAACCGGAUCUUCUCGAGGACGUUCGGGAAGAAGGGCAUGGAGACAAUCCAGAAGCAUGCACGGGAGAUAGGUCCUGGGGCACUUACUAGUUCCAGCCAAAAGUGUGGGCAGGGGUGGGGAGCAUACCCUUGCCUUUCCGUGACGGGUCCCACAGGAAAGACUCCCUUCAAGCACACCGAGCACCAGGGCCAGCCCGACCCAUAA